AUGGUCGAUCGGUCAUUCAUCUCUGCCCUGAUACAGAGCUCGGCGGGAGAAUGGGCCUUGAUAUUGGGUCUGGUCUUCGGAGGAUGCUGCUCCAAUGUAUGGGCAUUGGAAGGUGUACUGAAAAAUCAUCCCAAAUCAGGUACUUUUCUAACAUUCGUUCAAUUCCUCUAUGUUACAAUAACGACCAUCUCAUCGCAAUUGAUAUGGAAACGUGUACCGAAAGUUGGUGUACCCUAUCCUGUGUUGAAGACUAGGAAGGUACCGAUCGGACGAUGGGGUGUUCAGGUUGUUUUGUUUCUGGCGGUUAGUCUGAUGAAUAAUUAUGCUUUCGGACUAAAAAUACCUGUUACGGUACAUAUCAUAUUCCGAAGUGGUGGUUUAUGCGUAUCGAUGUUGGUUGGAAGUAUAUUUGGGAAAAGACGGUAUUCAUUCGGUCAGAUACUAGCUGCUCUUCUUAUCACUUCCGGUAUAACCCUCGCAACCAUCUCGGCACCUCGACCACCUCGACCACCACGCAUCCAAGAAUCCCCAUCUUCACCCACGAUAAAUACCUCGCACGCCUCUCAUCAUAGUUGGAUACCAGAUCAUCUGGAAUACUUUGCCGGAGUGGGCCUACUCACUCUCGCGAUGAUCAUCAGUGCGUUCCUGGGAUUAUGGCAGGAACAGACAUACAGGAUUUACGGGAAGGAAUGGAAAGAGGCUUUGUUCUAUGGUCACGCCCUCUCUCUUCCAUUCUUCCUCCCAAUGCAAUCAUCCCUCAAAAGUACAUUCAACUCCUACCUGUCCUCCCCUCCUAUCAACUUAUCUUCCCUCUCAUUACCUAUCCCCAUCACUUCAUCUUUCCCUAUCCCAUUUCCUUCAUACAAUCCUCUGAAAUCGAUAUUAGGCGGAUACGCAGACCUUUUAAUCCCCUCUGCGAUCCUGGGUUUGUUAAUCAACAUUGUCACUCAAGGUAUAUGCGUCAGGGGUGUAAAUAGAUUAACGUCGAAGGUUAAUUCCGUCACUGUUAAUCUGGUAUUGACCGUUAGGAAAGCAAUAAGUUUAGCUAUUAGCGUCUGGUGGUAUAGGUCGGGAUUCAAUGCUGGUCUAGGGGCCGGAGGCAUGAUGGUUCUCUUGGGGACUAUCUUAUACUCUUUCGCACCCGGUCCGAAAGGCUUGUCCGAUCCACCUCAGGAUAAAAAGGAAGCUGAAAGUGUGCUCGAUGAUGGAGGAUCAGGCGAGAAAAGUAGUACAGGUAGUAGCACUUCCAGGAUUAAUGGUAGGGUUGGUGAUCAAGCUGAGGUGAGAGUUAGGAAUAGACAAACUAGAACGAUAGUCGGAUGA